AUGUCCGAAGUAAUUGAAGGUAACGUCAAGAUUGACAGAUUGACCCCCGGUGACGGCAAGACGUUCCCCAAGACGGGCGACCUGGUCACCAUCCACUACAGCGGGACCCUGGAGAAUGGGUCCAAGUUCGACUCCUCGCUGGAAAGGGGGUCUCCAUUCCAGUGCAACAUCGGCGUCGGGCAGGUCAUCCGCGGGUGGGACGUCGCCAUCCCAAAGCUUUCUGUCGGUGAGAAGGCCAGGAUCACGAUCCCAGGUGCGUACGCUUACGGUGAGCGUGGGUUCCCAGGUCUGAUCCCACCCAUGGCCACUCUGAUCUUCGACGUCGAAUUGUUGAAGGUUAACUAA